CCGCGGCCGCCUGUGCCAACGUCGGACGCACAGUGUGCGCAGCGGGUCGCGGGGGUCCUCGCCGCUGAACUGCGCUGUGCUGGCGGUGAGGUCCGGGACAAGAAGCGUGGGUGUCGGGAAUGCCCCGGCAGUGCUGCUCGCCACCUGCUGCGGGGCGGCGGACGUGACUCGGCCUUUAAGGUCUAGGGGUGCGGCGAUGGUGCCAGCUCCGUCGGAGUUUUGCGGGGGUACUGUGGACGCCGGGCUGGAGGGUCGCCGUCGGACAGCCAGGAGCCUUCACAGUUCCGGGUGACCUGCGACUAGUUUGAUGCCGCGGCGGCGUCGGAACCGGACGUGGGAGUGAUGGCCGGCUGAUGAGUGGCGUCAUGGGCUGUCGGCCGGCGCUGGUGCUGACGCUGGCGCUGGCGCUGGUGCUGGCGGCCGCCGCGGCUGAGCCGCUCGGGUGCAUGACCCGGGAGCCAGAACUGCACUCACAUUCUUUGACACAGCAGACAGCGACGCUGGCGCGCCGAAUGUACUGGCGUGGCGAGACGGUCGAUCUCAGACUCCAGGUCUCCGACCGGUCCGGUUCCCACCUGGUCGCCUGGCUGUUCAAGCUGUUUCUGCGCGAGCUGUACGGCUACGGCGGCACCGUGCUGGUGCGCCUGCCCGACUCGUUCAACAUGUCUACCCACCUGGAGUCGCUCUCCGACUGUCCAAGCUGCCCGGCAAGCCAAGCGUGCGGUCGCGACACGUUCGAGGAGCCAUGCAGGAUGCCGCCGGUCACCAUCAACCUGGAGGCGUGGGCGCCGGCCAGCUACGACCUGGACCGCGAGACGGCCGCCUACCACGGCGUCAUCUACGCCGGCCGCCUCGGGCCGUCCACCAGGAUUGGUUGGUUUCUCCAAGAGAGCGUGGCAGGUCUGACGAGCGGCAUCGUCGACCACUGGAGGGCCUUCCAGCGGCCCGGCAUCGCCCAGGUCUUCAACUACACCGAGCUGGAGCGCAGGAGUAUGCGGCGUCAUCUCCGGGCCACCGACGGCAGGUACAACUGCGAGCACCGGCUCUGCCAUGAGGGUCUGUUCACGCCCAGCUGGUGCCGGGCCGCGCACUGCGCAGUCCUCCUGGCGUCCUCGUUCAAUGAGGCCAGCUAUAUACUGAGGACGAUUGAAGACCUGCGUCUCCUCGUGCAGGUGUUCUGGGUGGGGAAUGCCCUGAGCGACUUGGUGACGAUGAGGACGACGGCCGGCAGACCGGUGUUAUUCGCGCACUACACUCCAAGCCUCCUGACACUGAGCUCAUCCUACGUGGAGAUGGCCUUCCCAGCGUGUCCGGCUGGCACCGUCUGCCCCACUGGCAACCGCUUCCUGAAGAAGCUCGCCUGGAAUCGGCUCGAGGACGGAGCCAGCAUGGCCCACAAGGCGUUGAUCGACUUCCACCUGACGCAGCGGCAGUACGAGGACCUGCUGCGUCUGCAGGUGACCCGGCCUGACCUCAAAUACAGCGAGGUCGCCUGCGACUGGAUGCGACGCAACGCGGAGGUCAUCAGCAGACAGUGGCUGAUGCACGGCCGGCGCAAGAACGAGAUACUCAUCGGCGGCAUCUUCCCCAUCUCGGGCAGCCACUACCGCGACCGCGGUAUCAUCCCAGCGGUGAUGAUGGCGAUUCGCGCCAUCAACUCAAACACGAGCAUCCUGCAGGACUACAAGCUCACCCUCAUGUCCAGCGACGGCCAGUGCAGCUCGGACAUGGUCAUGAAGAGCUUCAUCAACUACCUGCGCAUGCCCAGCUUUGCGCAGAUGGUCGGCAUACUGGGGCCAGCGUGCUCCAACACGCUGGAGCCGAUAGCCGGUGUGUCACGCCACUUCAGAGUGCUGGUCAUUUCGUACAGCGCCGAAGGUGUACUGCUGACCAACCGCAGCCAGUACCCCUACUUCUUCCGCACCAUCGGCGAAAACAAGCAGUUCAGGUUUGUGUACAAGCAGCUGCUGGCCCAGCUCAAGUGGAAGCGAGUGGCGUCGCUGACAGAGAACGGCCAGAAGUACUCUGAGUAUAUCUCCAUCAUGCACGACAUGCUGCAAGCGUCCGGCGUCACCUUUAUCGCCAACAGGAAGUUUCCUAGCGAUACGACUAACAUGGCUACGUAUUUGAAAGAACUGAAGGACAAGAAGGCCCGCAUCAUCAUAGCCGACAUGUACCAGGUGGCGGCGAAGGCCAUCAUGUGCGAGGCCUACCUGCAGAACAUGACGGCCAGGCAGGGGUACAUCUGGUUUCUUCCCGAGUGGUUUUGGCGAGGCUGGUACAAUACUACGGCCAACAGCACGACAACCAGCUGCACCUCGACCCAGCUCAUGGAGGUAGGAGAGCAUGCUCAUCUGGACCCCGACCCAGCUCAUGGAGGUAGGAGAGCAUACUCAUCCAUCAACCGGCUUCGCGGCACUCUCCGAACCAUUUCCAAGAUCCAGGCCAUUUUCAGCCGAGGACCUAUCAGAUGGUGAAUUCCGGGGUACUGCAGUGAAAGGUCAUUGUCUGUGAUGCCGUUACGUUAAUUGUUGGACAGGUUGCGGUGGUUGAUCGGUUACGCUGCGUGUCUGGAAAACCAGUGGUACGGGGUCCGCGGUAUCCGCCCCUCUUUCCAGGGUGAUGGGCAGGCGACGUCAAGUGACCUCGACAUGUAGCCCGAGUGAGUCGUAAAGCCGAAAUAACAAGCGAUUUAUGCUACCCUUGCCAUGCA